GUCACUGUCAAAAAUCGUCACGCAAAACAACGAAACACGCGUAGUACCUAUAAUUCGCGUUUAUUUUUGCGAAAAAUACAUUAAUAAAUCAGGAUAAUGACGAAAAAGAAGCCUCUUGCACACCUAUCAAAGGAGGAGAAGAUGGUGAUAGUUAUAUCCGAGAUAAUCCAAGAGUUGUUGGUGGCGCAUCGCCUAAACAAGGAUGUUAACCUCAACAAGAUGAAGACGAGGAUUUCAUCAAAAUACGGUCUUGGAACAUCUCCAAGACUCGUAGACAUCAUAGCAGCAGUUCCUGCAGAUGCAAAGAGUAUUUUAUUGCCUAAAUUAAAAGCGAAACCUAUUCGAACUGCGUCAGGAAUUGCAGUAGUGGCCGUUAUGUGUAAACCACAUAGAUGCCCGCAUAUAAACUUCACUGGUAACAUAUGUGUAUAUUGCCCUGGUGGGCCGGACUCUGAUUUCGAAUAUUCUACCCAGAGCUAUACAGGUUAUGAGCCUACGUCCAUGAGAGCAAUUCGCGCUCGUUAUAACCCAUAUUUGCAAACGCGUCACAGAGUGGAACAGUUGAAACAACUGGGACACAGUGUUGAUAAAGUGGAAUUUAUUGUGAUGGGAGGAACAUUUAUGAGCUUACCUGAAGAUUAUAGAGACUAUUUUAUAAGAAAUCUUCAUGAUGCAUUAUCAGGCCACACAUCAAGCUGUGUAGCAGAGGCAGUGAAAUAUUCAGAGAAAGCUAAAACCAAGUGUAUUGGCAUAACUAUUGAGACUCGGCCGGACUACUGCCUCCAAAGGCACAUGAGUGACAUGCUCAAUUACGGAUGCACUAGACUAGAAAUAGGAGUGCAGUCAGUGUAUGAGGACAUUGCCCGGGACACAAAUAGAGGACAUACUGUCAAAGCUGUUUGUGAGAAUUUUAAUUUAGCUAAGGAUGCUGGAUAUAAGAUUGUUGCACACAUGAUGCCAGAUCUACCUAAUGUAGACUUUGAGAGAGAUGUGGAACAGUUCAUAGAGUUCUUUGAGAACCCUGCCUUCCGAGCUGACGGUUUAAAAAUAUACCCCACACUAGUGAUCAGAGGCACAGGUCUCUAUGAGCUGUGGAAGACUGGGAGGUACAGAAGUUAUCCUCCGUCAACAUUGGUUGAUUUGAUCGCAAAGGUUUUGGCUUUGGUGCCACCAUGGACUAGAGUUUACAGGGUACAAAGAGACAUACCCAUGCCACUAGUGUCGUCUGGAGUGGAGCACGGCAACCUGCGGGAGCUGGCGCUGGCGCGGAUGGCCGACCUCGGCGCGGACUGCCGCGACGUGAGGACCAGGGAGGUCGGCAUCCAGGAGAUACACAACAGAGUGAGGCCUUAUGAGAUAGAGCUAAUAAGACGCGACUACGUCGCCAAUGGUGGUUGGGAGACGUUCAUAUCCUACGAAGACCCCGACCAGGACAUCCUAGUGGGUUUGCUCCGGCUCAGGAAAUGUGCUGCGGACACAUACAGGCCGGAGCUGAAGCCCGGGUCCAAUGCCAACUUCAAACAGUGCAGUAUUGUCAGGGAGCUGCAUGUUUAUGGAUCUGUUGUGCCUGUGAACGCCCGCGACCCUACAAAGUUCCAACACCAAGGCUUUGGCAUGUUAUUGAUGGAAGAAGCGGAAAGGAUCGCUCGUGAAGAGCACGGUUCUGAUAAAAUGGCUGUAAUAUCAGGCGUUGGCACUAGGAAUUACUAUGCGAAGAUUGGAUACCAUCUAGAAGGGCCUUAUAUGGUGAAGAUGCUCGUUUGAUGUUGUAAAUAAAUUAUUUUAUCAAUGUUG